GUGGUGUUAGCAUCAAUCUGUAGUCCCCACGCUGCCGACCACUAAAUGGAGAUCUCAAGUCUUCAAGUUCGGAAACAGCUGCCCGUGUAGCGUGCCAGUGGUGAUGCCGAACAGACAGGGGAUUGGGCAGUUGUCACAUGGCUGGUUGUUACAUCUAGGCAUCAAAUACUCCGCCGUGGUCCUCCUCGUGCUACCCCACGUCAUCACCGCACCCUGCCUUUUUUGACCCAGAGAACGCGUGCUCCACUGGCAUCACUUUACGCGACGCCAACCUGCGCUUUUUCGCGAAGCAACUUGAACCUGAAGACUAGACCAGAAAACCAAAACUUGGGUGCGCAGAUUUCGUUACUACACCGCAGCCAUGGGUAUCAAGCAGUUGUACCACGUCAUCGCGGAGGAGGCACCUGAUGCCAUCAAAACCGGCGAAAUCAAGAACCACUUCGGGAGGAAGGUUGCAAUAGAUGCCUCGAUGAGUAUCUACAGCUUUCUGAUCGCAGUGCGGUCAGAAGGCCAACAGCUGAUGUCUGACACGGGCGAAACCACGUCGCAUCUCAUGGGCAUGUUCUAUCGCACUCUCCGUAUGGUCGACAACGGCAUCAAACCGCUCUACGUCUUCGAUGGCGCACCGCCCAAGUUGAAAUCAGGGGAAUUGGCCAAGCGAUUUGCCCGAAAGAACGAGGCCAAUGAGCAGGCGGAGGAGGCUAAAGAGACCGGAACGGCAGAGGAGGUGGAAAAGUUCUCCAGACGGACUGUGAGAGUCACCCGAGAGCACAAUGAGGAAUGUCGAAGACUGCUCAAAUUAAUGGGCAUUCCUUACAUUAUCGCCCCCACUGAAGCCGAAGCACAAUGUGCCGUUCUGGCCCGCGCAGGCAAGGUGUACGCAGCCGCCUCAGAAGAUAUGGACACCUUAUGUUUCAACGCGCCUAUCCUGCUACGGCACCUCACAUUCAGCGAACAGCGAAAGGAACCCAUCCAAGAGAUCCAUCUCGACAAGACCUUGGAGGGUUUAGGGAUGGACCGAACACAGUUCAUUGAUCUGUGCAUCCUCUUGGGAUGUGAUUAUGUCGACCCAAUUCCGAAAGUCGGUCCAAACACGGCAUUGAAACUCAUUCGUGAACAUGGCACUCUCGAAAAGGUGGUCGAGUUCAUUGAGAACGAUCCCAAAAAGCGAUAUUCCCUACCUGAGGACUGGCCAUACAAAGAUGCCCGUGAGCUAUUCCUCCAUCCUGAUGUCCGAUCGGCGGACGACCCAGAGUGUGACUUCAAGUGGGAGGCUCCUGAUGUGGAGGGGUUGGUGCAAUUUCUCGUCAAUGAGAAAGGCUUCAACGAGGACCGAGUCCGCAAUGCAGCCCAGAAAUUGCAGAAGAACGUCAAGACUGCACAACAAUCGAGACUGGAAGGGUUCUUCAAGGCGGUCCCCAAAACUGAAGAAGAGAAGAAAUCCUUGAAGCGGAAACACGAUGAGAAGGUCGCAGAAGCCAAGAAGAAAAAGAAAGAAGACGUCAAGACCAAGAAAGAGUCCAAGGCGAAGGCGCAUAUUUCGCGAUGAACACAAUCUGAGAAGCAUGAAUUGCAAACAGGCAUGAUGUACUCAUAGCAUGGCGUUCGGGACGGGCGGGCUGAUGGGGGUCUGAGAGCUGUAAUAUAGAAAGGUAUCUCGCGGGCAGGAUGGUCGUAUCGUGCUUGAAGACACGUGCUCCCUGAUCUGAGCAUAAAAUCAAGGUGCUACUCACCAGUACAGUACAUUGUUUCGUGCAUCCGAUGUCCGACCCAAGCUAUUGCAUUGCGACUACCUACCUAGGUAGGUACCGUAUUACAUUG